AUGUCUGUCCACAUCCAAGAGUCCAGAGUCUGUCCGUAUCCAGAGUCCGUCCACAUCCAAAUCCGUGCGCAGGUUCGUAUCCAUAACUCUUCUCCGUUCCCGAGCCUAUCUCCUGCGCUCCUUGUCCCCCGACGCGACGUCAAGCCCCGGCACGCUCGAAAGAAAGAACACAGACUCGAUGCUCGCGAAACACCCAGCCCGGCCCUCCCCCCUACCAUGCAGAACCCACCGCAGCGUCCACUCCGUACCCGCGCAUCCACCCGCUCUCGCGCGGCCAACUGCCCACGCCCAUCCCCCACGACACCGCCGACAUAUCCGGCCUCAAGAAACCAACGCCCGCCUCAACUCACGACGCCGCUACCUCCAAGUGCACCUGCGACCAGCGCAGACACGACUCCCCGCCCCGCCACCCGCCUUGAAGAUAAACCGAAAGCUGGAACUGGAGACGGAAGCGCGCACGGGCAUGCGUGA